AGAAGAAGAAGAAGAAGAAGAAGAAGAAGAAGUUAACCCGCGAUAAGCAAGCAGGGAGCACUUAACGUUAUUUCAUAUUUAUAAUUGAAAGAUUAAACAAAUAUGGUAAAAUAUUCCUUUUUUACAUCAAUAACACCUUUCUAAGACAUGAUGCGCGCGCUCUUGUAGACGUCUUUUGACGUUACCACGAGACAAAACAGUUGAAAGUUUAAAUGUUUCAUCGACACAAGCUAGUUUUGUAGCUUCUGAACAGCCUAGAAAAGAUGGAGGAAAUUGUGAUGGAAUCGGACUCAGUCGAAAUGUCGGGAUCGAUAAGUCAACCCGGGGUCGCUGAGGUUUGGGAUACUGUCACUGCAGCUCUGGUGUCUCCCGGCUGCUCGGUGUCGGAGCAGAGUCUCUCGGACUUGCUGGCCCUGCUGUGUGAUCAGGGUCUGGGCCAGCUGCUGGGCGGCUGGCUGCUGGAGACUCUGCAGAUGCAUCUGUCCUCCUCCGUGGUGCCUGAGUUCUGGUCCGGACUCAAACAGCCGGAGAACGAGCUGGAGGAGCGAGACAGGGCCUGGGUUCUCCUCACCACCUUCCGGACUCUGUUGGAGCGACUGGAACCCUUCUUAGUUGGUUUGGAGAGGCUCGGGACAUGGCAGGACAUGGGCCUCGGCGGUCUCCGUGGCCCGGGGCCCAGGGGCCUCCAGGAGCGGGCCUUCACCAUCAUCAGGGCCCUCCUGCUCUUCUCGCCGUCGCCUGUCCUCCAGGAGCGAGUGCUGGAGUUCUACAGCAGGACCUUCUCUGUGUAUAUAAACCAGGAGGGGGAGGCCGAGGACGGGGCCGAGGUCACCGACGGCCCCGAGGGAGGGGUCUGUCCCGGCUGUGGGGUCCCAACGCACCAGUGCUGGUGUCAGGAGGCCCUCAAACAACUGCAAGAGCUCAGCUACAUACUAUCCAAGCUGCAGCUGCUGGAGUGGGUCAGCUCCGAGGCCGUCACCUCCAUCCUCCACAAGCUCAUCGAGCAGCGGAUGGAGCAGCACUGCAGGGGCGAGUACGAGCGCUCCUUCCUGCUGGAGUUCCAGGAGUGGCUGGAGCUGGUCCUGGGCUGGCUGAGCAAAGUGUUCGCCAGCGAGGCGGACGGAGACGCUCCGCUACCCGCUCUCACUUCUCCCAGCGCUCCCAGUACUCCCAGCAUCCAGGCCGGCCAGUCUGCCAGCUCCGUGCUGAAGCAGUGGAGGUGCCACAUGCACCAGUUCUUCUGCAGGAUCUACGUCAACAUGAGGAUCGAAGAGCUCUUCAGCAUCAUCAGAGAUUUCCCAGAAUCCAAAGCCGCCAUUGAGGAUCUGAAGUUUUGUUUGGAACGAACCAAUCAGAGACAGCAGCUCCUCACGUCACUCAAAUCUGCCUUCGAGAGUCGUCUGCUGCACCCGGGUGUUCACACAUCUGACAUCCUCACCGUCUACAUCUCGGCCAUCAAGGCCCUCAGAGAGCUGGACCCCUCCAUGGUCAUCCUGCAGGUCGCCUGCCAACCCAUCCGCAAAUACCUCAGGACUCGGGAGGACACGGUGAGGCAGAUCGUUGCCGGUCUGACCGGAGACGCCGAGGGCUGCACCGAUCUGGCCUCCGAGCUGUCCAGAGGAGACCCCGUCACUCUGGAGAUGCAGGACAGCGACGAGGAAGGCAACGACCCGGAGGACUGGACUCCAGACCCGACCGACGCCGUCCCCGAUAAGACGGGUUCGAAGCGUCGCUCGUCAGACAUCAUCAGCCUGCUGGUCAGCAUCUACGGCAGUAAAGACAUCUUCAUAGACGAGUACAGAGCCAUCCUGGCCGACAGACUGCUGCACCAACUCAACUACAACACAGCCAGGGAGAUCCGUAACGUGGAGCUGCUGAAGCUGCGGUUCGGGGAGUCUCACAUGCACUACUGCGAGGUCAUGCUGAAGGACAUGGCCGACUCCCGCAGGAUCAACAGUAACAUCCGCGAGGAGGAGUCGAGGCUGAGCGAGGAGGAGCAGCCGCCGCUGUCCCUGUCGGCCAUCAUCCUGUCCUCCGAGUUCUGGCCGUCGCUGAAGGAGGAGAAGCUGGAGCUGCCGCCGCUGGCCUGCCAGGCCAUGGAGGCCUACACGCACCGCUACGAGAAACUCAAGGCCAUGAGGACGCUGAGCUGGAAGCCUCAUCUGGGUUCAGUCACUCUGGACGUGGAGCUGGAGGACCGAACGCUCAGCAACCUCACCGUCUCCCCGAUCCACGCCGCCAUCAUCCUGCACUUCCAGGAGAAAAGUUCGUGGACGCUGGAGGAGCUGAGCGGGAAACUGGGCGCCCCGAAGGAGCUGGUGCACAGGAAGCUGGCUCUGUGGCAGCAGCACGGCGUGCUGAGGGAGGAGGCGGGCGGCCGCUACUACGUGGUGGAGACGGGCUCGUCCAAAGAGAAGAUGGAGAGAGGCGUGAUGCUGAUCGACAGCGACGAGGAGAGAGACUCCAACACCACCACGCAGUCCGAGCAGAGAGAGGAGAAGCUGCAGUUGUUCUGGGCCUACAUCCAGGCCAUGCUGACCAACCUGGACUCCAUGACGCUGGACCGCAUCCACUCCAUGCUCCGGAUGUUCGUCGCCACGGGACCCGUCGUCACGGAGAUGGACGUCAACGAGCUGGAGGCCUUCCUGCAGAGGAAGGUCAGGGAGCAUCAGCUGAUGGUCUCCGCAGGCGUCUACAGACUGCCAAAAGCCAACUGAAGGAGGAGGAGGAAGAGGAGGAGGAGGAGGAGGAAGAGGAGAAAACUGUUGAAGUGUGACGGUGCAUUCACACGCUGUGGGAAAUAUCGCUUAUGUCAGUUUUUACUGUUACUGUUUGUUUUUCAGAUGAAGUCUGAUCAGUCGCUGACACAACGAUGUGUCGAACCGGAGUUUCCCACGUUACCUGAAUGCAGCAUCGUUUUAUGAGGGCUCAUCUUCUUCUUCGUUGGUUGAUGCUGCAUCUGGGAAUGUUUUGUUGUUGUGAAGCCUAUUGGUGUUGAACACUGAUGUAUUAUAAUUAUAAAAGCUCUUUACUGUC